AUGGCUAAAAAGGCAACUCGUACUGAACUUUCAUCACCGGAUUUCAAUUAUGAUACAUCAUCAUCAUCAUCUUCAGAUCAUCAACAGAAACAGAAGAGACCAUCAAAUGUAACAACCACAAAAGAUUCUAUUAAACAUUAUGUUACUAAUGUUUUAACUCGACUUGAAAAAGACAAUGAACAACAAACUGAUUUAGCAAAAACUGCAAUAAAAAUUGAUACAAAAGCAGCAACUACUUCUCGUUUCUAUGAAAAUAUAUCUGCUUUUCGACAAUAUCCUUCUCAAGCUGAAAAUACAGCAAGAACUGAUGCUUAUCGACGACAACAAGAUAUGACUAGUGAAGAUGAUUUAAACGAUAAUUCAACCAAUGCAAAUGAACCAACUACAGAAUUGAAUAUGGAUCCAAAUCCAAUUAUUGAAGAACGUGAAAGUUCUGAUCAAAUAUACAAACAAAAAGUUUAUUUACGUCAAUUACAACCACCUACUCCACAACCAGUUGAAAUUCAAGUUCAAGAAGUUUUACUUCAACCAGAACUACAAAAACCACCAAUACAUGUUCGUGUUGGUCAACGUGAACCUCGAACUCCUUCACCAAUUGUCAUUAAAAGUACACCACCACAACCUCCACCAACUGAACCUGAUCAACCAAUUAUUUAUAAUAAAUAUAUUCCACCACCAAAACAACCACCACAACAGAUAAUCAUUCAUCGUUAUCCUGAUUUACCACCAAAACCACGUCCUAUUGUUGUUGAACAAUGGUUACCAUUUAAACCAGCACCAAAACGCAUUAUUAAACAGUCAUUACCUCCUGAAUCUCUUAAAACUCCACCACCACCACAUAAUAUAGUUGUUGCAUAUGGUAAACCACGUACUCUUAUUGAAGUUGAAUUAGUUCGUUUACCAAUGGUUAAAGUCGAUCCUUAUACUUAUCAACAAAUGAGUAGUACUGGUCAACAACACAUGGGACAACAUCAACCAUUUCAACAUGAACGAGAUUAUUUAUCAAGAGAUACAUUAGCACGUGCAUCUCAUCCAUCAAAUCAAUUUAACUGGCGUAUCUAG